AUUUAAACUAAGCAUUCCUUUUAAUGUGAUUUAUAUAGCUACCAAAUGUAGAUGUCAGCCACAUCUAACCCAAAAGUCAGCCGCAACUGAACCAGAUCUGGGCCAGAUCUGUGAAAUUGCAUGGGCCGCGUCUGGGCCAGAUAUGAGAAACUGCAUGGGCUGCAUGUGGGCCAGAUCUGAGAAAGUGCAUGGGCCGCAGCUGGGCCAGAUUUGAGAAUGUGCAUGGGCCGCAGCUGGGCCAGAUCUGAGAAAAUGUAUGGGCCACAUCUGGCCCAGAUAUGGACCAUGCUUUUUCUGAGAUAUGGCCCAGAUCUGGUUCAGUUGUGGCUGACUUUUGGAUCCUUAUGUCAGCCACAAUCAGGUUGAGUCAUCGCCGUCAUUCCGCGCGGUAUGUGGGCCAGAAGAAAAUGGGGGAUGUGGGCCAUAUCUGGGCCAGAUGUAAUUUGCUAUCUGGGUUGCGAAAGCUGUUGCAAGGAGAAACUCAGUACAAAAACAACCUCAAUCCUGAAUCCUCCUUGAUAUCUGCAACUCGAGCACAACAUGUUUUUAGGGCUCAUUUUGUGCCUCUCUCUGAAUUUGUUAUUCUUUGAGAAUGUGCAAACAAAUCAACAAGAACCAUCAUCUGCUAAUAUCAAUAUCAGCAAUGACCCUGAGAUGUCAAAACUUAUGGCCAGAAUGAAAUACAUUGCUCGAAGCUGCAAAGACAUCCGUGACAAGUACCAUGUUACUGAGGAUGGCCUGUACUAUCUGAUCUCUUCAAGAGGAGUCCUUUACCAGACGUUCUGUGACAUGACCACUGCAGGCGGCGGCUGGACGCUGGUGGCCAGUGUUCAUGAAAACAACAUGUAUGGAAAGUGUACAGUUGGUGACCGCUGGUCUAGUGAACAGGGCAGCAAUGAAAACCGGCCCAAAGGUGAAGGCACAUGGGCAAACAAAGUCACAUUUGGAGCCGCAGAGGCCGCAACAAGUGAUGAUUACAAGAAUCCGGGAUACUAUGACAUUGCAGCUCAGGAUGUUUCUGUGUGGCAUGUGCCUAAUAAUAUGGAGUUGGAACACUGGAGCCAUGGCUCCAUCCUCAGAUACCACACUGAAAAUCACUUCCUGACCCUACACGGAGGAAACCUAUUCAAGUUAUUUAUGAAAUUCCCUGUGAGGUUUGGAAUCGGCUCCUGCAACAUUGAUAAUGGACCUGCUGUCCCAAUUGUAUAUGAUACUGGAAAUGAGGAAUCUACCAAAAACCUGUAUGGUCCAUAUUCAAGAGAAAUAUUUGAGCCUGGAUUCAUCACAUUCAGAGUCUUCAAUACUGAGAAGGCAGCCAUGGCUCUUUGUUCAGGUGUUAAACCAACUGGCUGUCACACUGAACAUUUCUGCAUUGGUGGAGGUGGACACUUUCCUGAAUCUCCUAGACAAUGUGGAGAUUUUACAAGUUUUGACUGGAGUGGCUAUGGCACUAAUACAGAUUGGAGUGCUUCCAGAGAGAUAACUGAAGCAGCGGUGCUUCUCUUUUAUCGCUGACAGAUCAAACCUUUCUUUCCUUUGUUGUAAUCACAGUUUUCUACGGAGACCCAGAAGCGACGUGAUGGUGGAGGAAAACAAAACUGAGUGGGAGAAAAAAAAAAUGGGUGGGAGAAAAAAACAGUGAUAGGAAAAUAUGUCGAUCAUCACCCUUCAUAUGCAACCUCUGAAUUAGUGAAUGCAUGUAUACAGACCCACUCUGUAUGAUAAACUGAUCCCAGAUCAGCUUCUGUACAUGCCAUGUAAAGUGACAGCUGUUAUCAAACAAGUGAAGAGC